UGCUUUUAUGUCAUUCUGCAAAGACUAUCUUAAUAGCUAUGGGUGAAUAUAGCCGCUUUAUAGACUGGGAUAAAAUGGAUUCUACAAUCCAGGACCAGGAUGCAAAAGAACUGACCAGUACAGAAUUUCAGGACCUGAAGCAACUGGCUCGCCAGGGAUAUUGGGCCAAAAACCACUCUUUAAGAGCCAAAGUGUACCACAAACUGAUUAAUGAUAUCCCUUGCCGCACAGUGACUCCAGAUGCCCAUGUCUACCGGGACAUUGUGGUGAAAAUUGCUGGCAAACGUAACAGCUGCAGUGUUGCACUUCCAGAAUUUGUGGACGACAGCCUUGUUCCCACUUACUGCCUGAAUGCAGAAGGCAUUGUGGCAGUCAGGAAGAUAAUUUCAUGCAUUGCAAGCCAGUUCCCGGACAUAUCAUUCUGCCCAGCUCUUCCUUCAGUGGUAGCACUUCUCCUCCAUUACAGUAGGGAUGAAGCAGAGUGCUUUGAGAAGGUCUGCCGCAUCCUUGCCUGCAACGAUUCCUCCAAGCACUUCAUUGAUCAGACAUUCUUGGCUUUUGAGUCAUCUUGCAUGACUUUUGGCGAUCUGGUUAACAAAUACUGUCAGGCGGCCCACAAGCUGAUGGUAGCAGUUUCCAAGGAUGUGCUAGAAGUAUAUUCAGACUGGCAACGGUGGCUUUUUGGAGAACUGCCUCUGAUUUAUGUUGCACGGGUCUUUGACGUAUUCUUGGUAGAGGGCUACAAGGUUUUGUACCGUGUUGCACUAGCUCUUCUCAAAUUCUUUCAUAAAGUCCGGGUUGGGCAGACUAUGGAGUCAGACAACGUUCAGCAGGACAUCCGAGCUUUUGUUAGGGAUAUUGCAAAGUCAGUGUCUCCUGAGAAACUGCUAGAGAAAGCUUUUGCGAUUCGGCUGUUUUCGCGGAAGGAGAUCCAGCUUUUGCAGAUGGCCAAUGAGAAGGCUCUUCAGCAGAAAGGCAUAACCGUCAAACAGAAGAGCAUUGCAUCCCCAAAAAGGCAGAAUGUCCACUUGGCAGUUCAUGCUGACAACUUCAAGUCUGAAAUAGUUGAUGUAAAAAAGAUGAGAGACAUCUGGUCGUGGAUUCCUGAGCGCUUUGCACUUUGCCAGCCACUGCUGCUGUUCACCACCUCAGAACAUGGCUGCAGCUUAAGCAGGUUCUAUUCGCAUUGCGAGGGACAUGAACCAACUCUCCUUCUGAUUAAGACAACGGCCCAAGAGGUCUGUGGGGCUUAUUUAUCAACCGACUGGAAUGAACGCAAACGAGGAGGAAACAAGCUGAGCUUCUUUGGAACCGGGGAAUGUUUUGUGUUCAGGCUGGUGCCUGAAGUGGAACGCUAUGAGUGGGUAAUAAUCAAGCACCCAGAGCUAGCCAUGACAGGACCUGAACAAGGGAACAAUUCCUCCCAUAUUUCUGACCCUCCAUCCACAACCAGCCUCCCCUCGGACCCCUCAGACCGCCUUUCCCCCUUCCUUUCUGCCCGGCACUUCAACCUGCCUUCCAAAGCUGCAUCCAUGUUUAUGGCUGGUGGAAUUGAAUGCAUCAUUAUAGGCGGAGGCGACGGUCAAGCUCUCUACAUUGACGCGGACCUGAACCAUGGAAGAACUGGCCACUGCAACACUUUCAACAACCAACCAUUGUGCUCUGAAAGUUUCCAGAUAGCUAUCAUAGAGGUUUGGGGUUUCAAGGACACUAUGAGCAACUGAGGAGAUAGAGCCUACUUUCAAAAACAGAUAGCUAGUGGAGCAUCUUAUGAUUCUGACCACAACUCCAGUUGCAAGAGUCGAGGUUAUUUCUGAAUCCACAAAAUCAGUAGGCUCCUUUUUUUGUGAUUUAGAAAGCUAAUUUGCAGGACUCACUUAGAUGCAGGGGCCUCAUUGUUCAGCCAUUGUAUUCUUCAUAUGCUAUUUGUAUUUGGCUAAGUGAUUUAUCCUUGACUUCCUGUUCUUACCUCUGGAAACCUUUAUGCAUAUCCUGAUAUUUUUGGUAGCAAGAAGGUGGCCUCACUUCAGUAUCCAAGUUGACUUUUAUCCGUGUCAGAGCCUUCAUGAGGCCAGAUAACAUUUCUGAUGUCAGCAAGUGCUUGUUGGUGGCUGGAUUUAUCCAGCAGUGUAAUUUUUCUUCUUUUGCAGAAGCUUCCAAUCCCUGCUAACGUUAGCUUGGAUACAGAGUGACUCCCAUGCAAUCCAAACUGAUUAUGUUGCCGAUUUUUCUCUCCUCCCAACUGCAGUCUUGAUUACUGUGUGCCACGCCAACUUAGAGACUUCCCCAGGUCCUCAUGUGCAGAACACACUGCAAAUGGAUUGUUUGAUCCAAGCCAUUAUUUUCUAUAACCUAUUAGAUUAGAGAAAUCUGUUAAAAGCACCAUUUUGUGUGUGUGCGCGUGCACGCACACACACACUCAUUUACACACCUUAAAGCUGGCUGUUGCCCUAAUAGCCAGUCUUCGUUUGACAUUCCGCUGUGUGUGAAGUGAGGCUGACUGAGUAAUUUGGGAGUACCAGUACUUUUCUCCCUUUGGUCUUCAGUGCCACUGCUCUGUUGAAGGCAUUUUGUCUGACAUGCUGCCAUCUUGCUUUUCUGUUUACAUUCCUGAUACUGCAUAUCAGUGAUACCAUGAUUUUUAAAGGGGUACAUUCAGGCAGCUAACUGCCCUUAUGGGAUAUACAACACACUAAACUACUUCCUCCUGAGUCAUUGCUAUUUGUGUUGAAAAGAAGCUGGGAGGAACUUGAAGCAGUAUUAGCUAAUUGACCUCAAACUUUGGCACAGUCUUUUAAAGUGAAGCUAUUGCAACAAGCUUGAGAAAUGGCCAAUUGUUGUUGUUUUUUUUACUAUUAAUGGACUGUUUCUUCUGGGGACUCAAGGGGGUGCUGCAUCCUCAUUAACCUGACAGAUACCUGGUCACUGGAAACUUUCUUGCAUGCAGCCUUUGGCUGUGUGGUUAGUAGUGACAUCUCUUCAGUUCAGGUUGCCAAGUGGUAAGCAAAGUCUGCCCCUAGACUAACACAGAAGCGUUAAGCACAUCUUGUUGGUUUUCCACUUCCUUUUUUUGUCUCUGAAUGGGCUGUGAGAUCUGCUCACUCCUAGCUUAGCAAAUGAAGGAGGGAGCUUUGCCAUAUCUGAUAUCCGCACAACUGCAGUAAAGUGACCAGCUUAGAAGAUUUUCCUUCAGAGCUGGUUAUUGACUGGAGUGUUUUCAUUUGAUUAUGCCCUGUCUUGGAAACGACACAUCCUUUGGCCAAAAAUGGGGAAAGAGACAGCUUGUUACAGAACUUGCUCAGUUGAGGCGGUGCAAAACUCAGCAUGCUUUAGCCUUUGGGGAGGUUACAUGUGCUUGAAGCUAGGAGGUACUUAAGAAAAUAGCUCAAGAACAUAUCAUAUAACCUGGCUUGUUUUAAGCUUGUUUUGGCCCUUUCUCUUACAAUUUCUAGUAAUGUGGACAAAAUUCUACCUGCCUAAUUUGAUGAACGUUGUUUGGUAGUGGAGUACCGGUA